CGGUGACACUCGAUCCGUAUACUCGCCCCAUCAACCCUUCUCGUAAUACUUACGUUUACUUUCUCAAGGUUCCGUUCAAGUGCCUUUCGAGCGAUUUCUAUCUUCCCGGUGUCUCACUCUUGACCGGUAUUUAGGAAGGUCACGACCUCAGGGGUUUGUCGCGAGAUACGCGACCACGCAUGCGCGACCCGCGGGCGAAAGUAUUUAAAGAGGUGGUACGCGUCGUCGGGAAGGCCACUCUUCCCCGGACUGUCACGAAUCGCGCAACUACCCCCCCCCACUCUCCUCCCCCCCUUCCGAGGCAAACGAGCACGCGUUCCCGGACGGAGAGGCGGAAAGAUCGGCUCUUUUGGUCCCUUCUUGCCAUUCCCCCCCCUUUUCUGCGAUUGCCUUUACCUCGUAGUCCCCUUCUUUAGGAUCACUCGUCCUCCGCGUCUCCCCCCCCCCCCCCCCGAAGAUCGUCGGUGUGACAUUGGUUCACUUAAUAAACCCACCGAACUGUCUUCGCAGAUUCGAUUUGGCGACGUCGAACGCGUCGGACCGGUUACAACACAGAAGAAAUCAUCGUCGUCGAACGACUGGACUUUUGGAUAAUCGAGGACUCGUCUGACACUUCGGUUUGAUAAACUAUCUUCUGAAAAAAUAGGAUGUCGUCCAAUCCGUUAACUCUUGUGCGAGAUUCAAUACGUGUAAAUAUGGAGGAGACGGACGUUCAGCAGGAGUCUAGAGACAAAGUAGGCAGUUUGAUCUUUUCACCGCCGCCGAUGAAGAAGUCUGACACGAGGGAUAGUAUUUCUUCCGUGGACAGCGACGUGAGCCUCUCCUUUGACCGGAGAGGCUCCAAGGGCGAGGAGGCUGACCUCUCGGACAGUGGUAGCUCUGACAAUGAGAGGAAGUUGGGUAAUGCAGCGAAAGCACCAGGUUCUGAUCCAGAUUCCGGGGCAGACUCGACGGGGAGCGUUCAGAACGCGUCGAAAGAUGAGAAGCAAGAACCACCAGUCGAUCAGUCGAACUUCGUUCCACCUAGCGACGAUUUGGCGGAGAAGAUAUGUGCCCAAGUCGAGUUCUACUUCUCCGAUGAAAACAUCGUGAAGGAUGCGUUCUUGCUCAAACACGUGAAGAGGAACAAGGAAGGAUACGUGUCCCUGAAGCUCAUCUCGAGCUUCAAGAGGGUGAAACACCUCAGCAGAGACUGGAGGGUGGUUGGUGUUGCGUUGAGCAAGUCGAAGAAGUUACAAGUGAAUCCCCUGGGUACCAAACUACGCAGGCUCGAUCCUCUGCCGCCUUUCGAUCAGACCACUCCCUCGAGAACAAUUCUGGCUGCGAGACUUCCGGUGGACAAACUGUCGGUGGAGUCUGUGGCGGAAAUCUUUCGACCAUGCGGGGAUAUCGCUCUUAUCAGAGUUCUUCGACCUGGCCAUCCCGCACCAGCUGAGGUGCGACAAGCAAUUGCUAAAAGACCAGAGCUGGCUGCCAGCGACGAAUGCGCAAUGGUAGAGUUCACAGAUUCUGCGUCAGCUCGUGUCGCUUUACAAAUGACCACGGGCGACGCGAAGAUAUUCGAGCUGCAACAGACCGGCGAGAAGAAGAAGAAACAACAACCGGCGAAGAAGAGUACGGUAACGAGACUGGCCAAAGAGGAGAUUUACAAUUCAUCGAGCUGCGCCAGCGGAUCUGAGGCUGAAGACGGAAUAGCCAGACACAAGAAACCUGUUCAUGGUUAUUCGAUGUAUCACGCUUACCCGGGUCACCCCUUUCAAGGACCUCCUUCGCCAGAUGCAUGGCUGCCUCGACGAUUGUCCUCCUGUUCCGUGUCGGGCUCGGAGAAUGGCUUCAUUCUUCGUCGUCUGUCCUCCUGUUCCGGUUCCGGUUCGGAGACAGGAAACUACGGCAGACGUUAUUCCGCCUGUUCGUCUGGCUCCGAGACCGGUUACUGCCAUCCAGUGUAUCCGCCAAGUUACUAUCACCAGGAGAAUCGUCGUUUCUCUUGCUGUUCGAACUCGAGCUCGGAGUGCAACGUCGCCUGUUACCACUCCGGUCGACGCGGAUCCGCGGACUACGGGCCCUUCUUGAGAAGAUUGUCCGCCUGCAGUCGUGAUUCCGGUUUCGACGGUGGCGCCAGGAGACUCUCGUUCUGUUCCCCUGGCGGCGAACAGGGGAACUUCUGUCGACCGAGGAGCAACAGUGGCGUCGCUUUAACGCAUCUGCCUGAGAACGUGACGAGAAUGCCAGCCGGGCCGGACGGCACGCGUGGAUUCGGUCGAAAAAUUAACACCAUCCCGCCAACCAUGGAACCCACAUGCUAAACUAUCGCUAAGACUUUUUAACGACAGACAGACAUAGUGACGUUUCGUGUAGGGUAAUAUACCUCGUGUUGAAAUUAAUUUUGUCAUGGUUAAAACAACGCCAUCUCCGCCAGUUUCUGGAACUAUUCGGAGCCUAAGUGUUAUUAACACUGCAACGCGCGCUGACGAUGCCUCGGGUCACUGAUAAGCUACCCAAGCAGAAACGUAAAAGUGUGUGCGCGUGGGGGCGCUGUUGACGUGAGAUGGAACAGGGUCAACUGGUCGACUCGUCGGUAAGGUAGAUUGGCAGAUCCCUACCAGUCCCUCUGUUGGUAAAAACGGGAAGCUAUGGACUAAUCCCGAUCGAAUCUCAUUACAACAGAUACGCCUGUGAAAAACAAUAAUUAUUUGAUACAAAUAGGAAAGUUGGGACGAAUAUGCCUAAAACUACAAUUUGCUCGAGUUGCACCACAAAAUGAACAAAAUGGCGUUGGUUUCGUAAAUGAUUUCGAUCUCAACGUUUGAAAGUUUAAAUUCAUAUUGUUAAAUAUAAAAAAAGAUCAUAGAAAUGACGGGCAUUCAAAAGAAAACAUGCCUUUUAUAUUUAUUAGUACGAGGUUUAUACAUAAAACGAUGCAAAUAAUUUAAUAAUUCUCUAAUUGUGAUAAGCGCCGGUUUUGCGACCAAACUUUACGAAAAUUAUUACUCCCCGUUUAUAUUAAGUAUAAGUGUUGUAUACAAGAAUUUUCGAUCAUGAAGUACUGUGAUAAUAAUGUACAGAUUUCGAAAUACUAUAAGUAGAACAUAACCGUAUUGAGCAAACGUUAGUUCGUAAGAUGU